AUGCUAAGCACACAGACUGGCACUGCCCACAACGUAACAAAUCAGGCAAGACAACCUUGCACAACAUGCCGAGCGGUAAACCGAUACUCGGUCGUUGGCUCUGACUCACCAACUCACUAUCCCUACAUCACGGCCCAUCGACCAGACAUCCUCGAUAUUUUCCUGCUAGACUUGCCAAACACACACUACCUCCUAACCAAUCACUGCGAAUUAUCUUCAGACCAUAACCCUCAGAUGCUAAACCUAUCAUCCCGACCUUCAAUGAGCGGGCCACAAUCAGCAAGCAAACGUAUAAACUGGAGAAAGUUCCAAACCGAACUAACUCCCCAAAUAAAAAACAUUCGCAUCACCACCAUCGAUGACAUCAACAAAAACAUCGACCAACUCACCAAAGCCAUACAAUCAGAGAUCAAAAACUAUUCCUAA